GUCUCGCCAAACAUGUGGUGUACUGGAUGAAAAUCCUUUUUUUUUUUCGACACCCAUGACCGAGAAAUCCUACUACCACGGCACAUCUUGUAUCAGGAAAGUUGCCCGGGAGUGUGGGGCCAAAUAUCCAAAGGCUCUUUCUUGCACAAAGCUGCGGAAACAUGUGGCUACAGUCUCUAAAGUGCUUAAUCUGAAGGACACUGAGAUGGACCAGUUGGCGGACUUCAUGGGACAUGACAUUCGUGUGCACAGACAGUUUUACAGGUUGCCUGAGGGGACGCUGCAGCUAGCCAAAAUCAGCAAGGUGCUGUUAGCCCUUGAACAGGGAAGAGUUGCGGAAUUCAAGGGUAAAAACAUUGAAGAGAUCAACAUUGAGCCUUAUGAGAAGCUGAAUUUAGUCAGUAACAUGUCUGAAAGUGAAGAUGAAGAGAGUGACAGCGAGAUGCUACAGCCAAAGAACACCAGGCGACCCCAGCGUCCUUCAACAUCUACAGACGAAUGUUUGGUUGACAGCGAGUCUGCAAUGCCACAGCCAAAGAAGCGACGACUAUCCCCUUCAACAUCAACGUCUACAGAGGAACUUCCCAUUAGCGGGAGGUCUACAAAGGGAAGAAGGAAGAAAGGAGGAAAGAUGCCUUCAAAAUCAGGUGGGUCAAAAUCCUCAAAAAGGGAGUGGACAGAAGAGGUGAAGGCAGUUAAGGACAGAUGCUUAUCCACUUCAAUAUCUUCAACCUCUACAGGUGUGUCAAAACCCCCCAAAAGAAAGUGGACAGAAGAAGAGGUGAAGGCAGUUGAGAACAAACUGAUGGAUUGCAUCACAUCUGGCAGGGUACCAGGGAAAUUGCAAUGUGAAGACUGCAUCAGGUCAGCUCCUUCAGUUCUUAAGCACAGAACCUGGGAAGCGGUGAAGUUUUACAUCAAAAACCGAAUAACGGCAUACCAGAGGGAAUGUGGUAAAAGAAAGUGAAAAAGCCGGCUCGGAUCAGUAUUAUAACUUUUCAGUUUUAGUCACAUCUGUUUUUUAACAGACUUGGUUUCUGUUUAGAAGUGUUGUCACAUUCUGUUUUUUUUUUUUUUUUUUUUUAUACAUAAUUUCUUUCCCACACAUAAUGGCACCAGAUAGUAGUUCAGUUUAGCUCUACCUUACCGAUGUGCCUUGACCUUCCCAAAUUAAACUAGCUUUUCCAUUAUUCUCAAUAAUGUUUUAUGUUUCUCAAUAUGGAUGCAUGUAUAACUGCAUACCAGAGGGAAUGUGGAAAA